GGUCAAAGUGAAUCCGUUAUCCAUCCAAUCUUGGGCUUUUUCUCCUCUUAUCUCACUCUCUCGUGUGUGUGAGGGCAAAUGAACCUGUGUUGAAAAUGCUCUUCCUCGAGCCUUGGUCUUCGUGGAAGCAAGUGCUGAAGUGACCCUCACGAUCUCGCCACCUCCCUCUCUCCCUCUCUUCUUUUGCUUAUUUUCCAUUGUUGGAAUCAGAAUAUCGGAUCACCACAUGACCGUUUCCUUCUUUGCUUUGAAACAUUCCUAAACAAACCCACCUCUGCCUUUUGCUCUCUUUCAUCUUUUUCUUGGUGUCUUUUCUUGUCUCAAGGGUUAUACUUUCGUGGGGUUUCUUGAUUUUCUUUCAUUUUUUUCCUCCUUUUUGGCCCCAAAUUAUCCUACUUUUUCAUUUUUUACUAUCAUUAUCUUUUAUUGGGGUUCUCCCAUUUCUUGUUGCUUCUGGGUUUUGCCUUUGUCUGUGUUCUUUUGCUUUCGAGACGUUUUGUGCGUUCUCUUUUGGGGACAAGAGUUCAUAAACCGUUCUUGGUCCUUUUUCCUGUCACUGUUUGAUGGGCUGUUGUCGAUGUCUUUGACGGCUGGUGUGGAUUCGAGUUCCAAAAACAUGGGCCUGGAUGAGAACAAUGAAAAUGUCUUGGAGACCAAAACAACAGCAGCAGCAGCGAAAACGCCCACGAACGAAGAUGAACCUCCGAGUGGUGGCAUUAGUAGACAAAUGAGUGAGAGCUCCAUCUGUGCAACCGAGGAUGAAGAGGAAGAUGAAGAAAGGAAGAUUGAGUUGGGUCCUCAGGUCACGCUUAAAGAACUCUCUGAGAAGGAUAAGGAUGAUGAGAGCUUGAGAAGGUGGAAAGAACAGCUGCUUGCGGGUGUGGAUCUUGAAUCUGUUGGAGAAAAUCUGGAGCCAGAAGUUAAGAUCCUGAGCCUGGCGAUCAAAUCCUCUGGUAGACCUGAUAUUGUCCUUUUAGUUCCUCCAACUGGAGAUCCAAAAGGCUUAUGGUUCACCUUAAAAGAAGGAAGCAAAUACAGUCUGAUGUUCACUUUCCAGGUUAACAAUAACAUUGUUUCUGGCCUCAGAUAUACUAACACAGUUUGGAAAACUGGCUUGAGGGUGGAUAGUGCAAAAGAGAUGCUUGGAACCUUUAGCCCUCAGGCCGAACCUUAUACUCAUGAGAUGCCUGAAGAAACAACUCCAUCCGGCAUGUUUGCUAGAGGCCAAUAUGCAGCUAGAACCAAGUUUAUAGAUGACGACAACAAGUGCUACUUGGAGAUCAACUACACUUUUGAUAUCCGAAAAGAGUGGCUGUCAAAUUAAAACUCAGAAUUUCCUUUUUCACAAGUUGAAUCUGCUUUGGAUGUUAGAUAUUCCCUUCUUUUUUUAAUUUUCAUUUGCUUUCAUGUCUGAGAUUGAUCUGGCAUCUAAACAAUGAAGAGAAGAUUAAAUGGGAAUGCAUGUAUACAUUCAUUCGCUAGGCAUCCAUUAAUAAAAGUUUUGAGAAUUGCCUGAUUGUUUA